AUGAGCGUGGCGGCGCUUAUUACGCGGCUGCAAUGUUACUUUGUGAAAUUGCGGGCCGUACAGUACGCUCCCCCCCCCCCUGGACCCUGCGCCUUAGCAGUGGUAGCCGCGCUGCACCUAAACGUGUGGUGCCAACUGCCUCAGCAGACGGACGCGGAGAUCCACGCGCGUCACGCCUGCGUCCUGCAGUAUCACCGUCUCGUUGUUGUGGUUGUUGUUGUUGUUCUCUUGAGGAAGUCUGGAUUAUCAGAUAUUGCCACCCUGAAGGCAUGUCGCUCAGCGCAAUCCGCAGACGCGGGGUUUCAAGGGAGUGGAGAAGGCCAAGGUUACCGACCCGCGUGCCUUGUGAGGGAGCGCUUCUCCCACAUCGCCAACGGGUCCAAAGCCGACGACUCUUACCCAAGAAUCAAUAUCCAGCAAGUCUCGUCCGUGCACAGAGAGGGAGAAUACCAGAUAAAGUGCAAACGCUGCAACCAGUACCUCGACCGUUCGAAGGGGAGCCUGGCUGGCUGA